GUGACAGCAUGAGAGUGAGCGAGUAGUGUGAAAGGGAGAGAGAGAGUGGGGAAUAUCUGUGUGGAUGUCUCUCUCUCUGUCUGCAUGUGUGCACGGAUACAGAUAACAUAUGUGGCAGAGCGCACAUGGAGGAGAACAUGUGAAGACAAAGCCAGAUUUUUUUAUGAGGAUGUUCAGCCUGCAGACAGAGCGGACUCUUUAAUGCUGUGUUUCUCUUUAAAUCAUGUUGGAUUUUUCCGUGUUUUUUUCUUUUCUUUUCUCUUUUCUGAUCAAAGAAGUCUGACACAUGUGCUGCUUCAUCUAGAAGGAAAAGUUCCCUUUUCUUUGGGCUUUAAUUUCACUCACUCAGAAAGUCCUCUGCUCCAUGUAGCUGCAGGUGUGUGGGCGAGAGGCCUACCUGGAUUACUCUGAGCGUACAUGUUUGUGGGACGGACUCACAGAAGACGGGAGAGACUGAAAGUAAGGAGGAGAGAAGAUGUACCUCUAUAAAGCUACAUGCCCUGAGAUCCCCAACCCAAAGCAGAAGGGGCCCAGAGGUCAGGGAGGAGGUCAAGGUGGGGUCCAGGGCCAAGGCCCGCUCCAGGGGCGGCUUGUGAGGCAGGCGUCUGCAGGUAUGGGCCCCCGACCCCUCGCUCCUGUCAUGUUGUGGACGGGAAACAAGCCUAACAGUGUGGUGGAGCUCAAACAGCUGGAGGAGUUCCUCAACUUCCACUCGCUGUCGCUGCACGACACGAUCAAGAGCAGGACGGGCAUGGUGUACAGGAACCUUGGGAAGUCAGGACUCAGAGUAUCAUGCCUAGGACUCGGUACGUGGGUGACAUUUGGAGGACAGAUAACAGACGAGGUUGCAGAGCAGCUAAUGACCAUCGCCUAUGAGAGUGGAGUCAACCUGUUCGACACAGCUGAGGUCUACGCAGGCGGCAGGGCGGAAGUCAUUCUUGGAAACAUCAUCAAGAAGAAAUGCUGGAGGCGAUCCAGCUUGGUCAUAACAACUAAACUCUACUGGGGAGGAAAAGCAGAGACAGAAAGAGGACUGUCAAGGAAGCAUAUAAUUGAAGGUCUGAAAGGAUCUCUACAAAGGAUGCAGAUGGAGUAUGUAGAUGUAGUUUUUGCAAAUCGCCCCGACAGCAAUACUCCAAUGGAGGAAAUCGUCCGGGCCAUGACCUACGUGAUCAACCAGGGCAUGGCGAUGUACUGGGGGACGUCCCGUUGGACAGCCAUGGAGAUCAUGGAGGCGUAUUCAGUGGCCAGGCAGUUUAACCUCAUCCCUCCAGUGUGUGAGCAGGCGGAGUAUCAUCUCUUCCAGAGAGAGAAAGUCGAAGUUCAACUGCCCGAGCUUUACCACAAGAUAGGAGUUGGUGCGAUGACGUGGUCACCGCUGGCGUGUGGAAUCAUCACAGGGAAAUAUGAGAAUGGCAUCCCUGAAUCUUCCAGAGCCUCCAUGAAGUCGUACCAGUGGCUAAAGGAGAAGAUAGUGAGUGAAGAUGGGAGGAAGCAACAAGCCAAGCUGAAGGAGCUUCACCACAUCGCAGAGAAGCUGGGCUGCACGCUGCCUCAGCUGGCUGUGGCGUGGUGUCUAAGAAAUGAAGGAGUGAGUUCAGUUCUGCUGGGAACGUCCAACCCGGAGCAGCUCACUGAGAACCUCGGGGCCAUACAGGUUCUUCCGAAGAUGACGUCUCAUGUGGUAUCUGAAAUCGACCACAUCCUGGGUAACAGACCUUACAGUAAGAAGGACUACCGCUCUUAGACCAGGCUGGUGGACUAGGAAGAGGUCAACCUAUCGACUUACCCAUCUACUUAACCAUACUGCUACCAUGGACUCGUGGUCCUCUGUCUAAAGUCCAUGGUUCUGUCCUUGGGCCCCACUCAGCUCCAGCCUGGAACAAAUAGCCUUGCUACGCCCAGUCUUGCAUACUGUAACCUCGUCUGUAAUCUCGAGACUUCUCCCGAUUCUUCGAUCAGCUCUACCAAGUUCAUCUCAGGUGCAGUCAAGCUCAGCCAAGAGACGCUAAACAAGCUCAGCUUUUUGCAGCCUCCAAUAAGAUUAAGUCCAUAGAAGUAGAUCAAAAGCACUGGUUCAUCCAAAUACAACUAUGCAGAGCUUAUUUCACAUGUUUCAGAUUAGAUCCAGUGCCAUGCAGUCACCAUGUAGAGCGCUAAAGCUUAGUUCAACACCGUACAGGAGCCUCGUUUAGAUUGAUCGCUAGUUUUUGAUACAGAUUUGAAGCGUACAGAAAGCCAUUCAGAUGUACAGGGGCAUCUCAAAAAAAUUAGACAACUGUGAAAACAUUUAGUAGCUUGAUUCAAAAAGUGAAACUUUAUGUAUUUACAUCAAGUGAAAUAUUUCAACCCUUUUUUUUCAGUCUUGUAGAUUAUGGCCUACAGACCAUGAAAUGAAAAAUAUAAUACCUCAAAAUAUUAGACUGAAAAAUGGCAUAUAAUACAGAAAUAUUACCCUUGUUCAUUUGUGCUCUCAAUACUAGGUUUGGAAUAUUUUCAGCAGUUUGGACACCCCUGCUCUAAAAUCUCCUGCAGACACAGUGUUGACUCUGGACUAAAUGAAACAACACAGACCAACAUCUGUAAAUGGCAACCCCAAACUAAGUCAGUUGGAUUCUGUGCCUCUCCAAUCUUCCUCCAGACUUUAGGACCUUUAUAUCCAAAUUAAUGCAACAUUUACAGUAUAUAGAGAAGAACUUGGCCACACCUGUUUGUCGAAUUCAGAUGUUUCAAUCAGACCUGUUUCCACAGGUAUGUGAAAUCAAUCUAGCCAUGCAGUCACCAUUUGCAAACAUGUGUGAUCCUAAAUGGGUCAUUCUGAAGAGCUCAGUGACUUCAAGUGUGGUUCUGUGAUGGUUUGCAAAAUUGAAUCCCUGCUGGAUAUUCCACAGUCAACUAAAAGUGAUAUUGUAGGAAAGUGGAAGCAUUUAGGAACAACAGCAACUUAGCCAUGUAGUGGAAGACCACAUAAAAUCCCAGAGCGAGGUCAAUGAUGUAAAAUUCACCGUCAUUCUGCUGAUUCCACAGCUGAAGAGUUCUGAGCUUCCACUGGCAUUAAUAUAAGCACAACAACUGGGCAGCAGGAGCUUCAUGAACGGGUUUCAAUGGCUGAGCUGCUGCAUGCAAGCCUCACAUCACCAAGUCCAAUGCCAAGCGUCGGAUGGAGUGAUGUAAAGAACACCUACACUGGACUGUGGAGCAGUAGAAACAUGUUCUGUGAAGUGACGAACCACGCUUCUGAGUUUGACAGUUCUGAGUCUGGGUCUGGCAGACAGCAUUGUGAUAAUGGUAUGUGGCUGGUUUUCAGGGUUCGGGCUAAGCCCCUUAUCUUGAUGCUUCAGCAUACCAAGACACUUCAGACAAUGCUAUGCUUACAUCUGUGUGGUACAACAGUUUGGUGCAGGCCCUCUUCCAUUCCAACACGACUGUCCAAGAGCACAAACAAGGACCAGAGAGAAAUGGUUUGAUGAGUUCACUGUAGAAGACCUUAACUGGUCUGCACAGAGCCCUGACCUCAACCCAAUCCAGCAUCUUCUGCUGUCCUGUCUCAUAAAGGCAAAAGUCCCGACGACAAAAUUUGGACCACUCAGCGAUGGACUUUGUUGUUGUUGUUGCUGAGUGGUCCACUUGUUGCAGUUAUUUUACAAAAGGAGUUCUGGCCAAGUAUUGAGUGCACAAAACCACAAACUGUCUUUUAAGUUGACAUUUCUGUAUUUGAAUAAAUUAAAAUCUUAAAAUAAUAAUAAUAAUAAUAAUAAUAAUACACAAUAUUCUAAUUUUUGAAAAAUGCCUGUAUUGAAAAGAAGAAAAAGUGCCUUGAUCAAAGGCCCCUGGAAGUAGUUGUUGAUUGGGUCAGUCAUGAAUUUAUUCAAGUUUAACAUUUAUAUUCAGUGUCUCAGAAAACCAACAGCCAAAACCCCAUCUCCAGUGUCUGAACUUUUUGUUAUAAGUCUUAUGACCAGGUCUCAAAGUUCUGAUUGGGCUUUAAAGGAAUAUUUCAUGUUUUUGGAGUUUGGUCAUAUAAGGUAGUUGGUGAUAGUAGUGGUAUUAGCUUCCAGAGAUUUCAGUGAGCAUUGUCCCUUUAAGCUGGGGGUUGGGGGAUGGGGGGAUGUGGUAGCUAGGCUUUACAGAGACGGUUACAGUUGCUCAGCAUAUGAGUUUUAGGUAAAAAUGGGCCAAAAAAUAAUGCUGGUCCGAUUGAAUGCUUUAUUAAAAUUUUCAUGGGCACUUUAUUUCCAGAGAAAGCUUCUGUGUUCAGAACUUGUUGGCAAUGCAAUCUUCAGCUGUGGUUCCUCUGCCUCAGUGUGUUGCUACCUUAGGCCCUUUGGGUCUGCAGGCUUUGAUCGAGACAUCAACUACAAACUAAUCUAAAACUUCAGCGCAGUGUUCCACACCAACAGCUGACACACUGCUGCCAUAGAAAAAAGACACCGUACUGACCUUAGUCUGUCUACUUGUCACCCAUUAGAAGAAUAAUGCCAUUUCCAUUCGGCUCUUCUAGACGAACACCCGUGUUCAGUUAGGCUGGGAACUCAGGAUAGGGAGUGAUGCAGGCUGCUACACCUACACCACCAGGUAGCUCAGGAUGUCUCCAGCUCACCAGUCUUCACUGAAGUUUCUCCCCUCACUCUUUCCUCCAGCUGUAGAAGUUGUUCCUCAGUGUACUCAAGCACAUAAGGGUCUGUGUCCACAACCGGCUUUUUUAGCACUGGCAGCACUAAUUUGCAACUCUAAACCAAUUUGCGUCAGCUGUUUUUGGAACAGCGCUGUGCUCAUCAAUGUCACUUCUCCUUCACUUGCCAAUCAAAUUCAAGCAGGGGCGGGGCUUCUGACAAUAGCAGAAGAGGAACCAGAGGGUAGCUGUCAGGUCUGCAACUGCUGCCUGUGUCGGGAUAGGGUUCCUUUACAUUGUCUUUGUGUUUUCUGUGAUAUUUCUUUGAAAUACAGAAAUAUGAUGUGCAUUGCUGUUUUAAAAGAAUUUGACAGAUUCUAACGAGGAAAGCGGGAUUACAUUUUUUUCUAAUGUAGCAACAAGGAGCGUUGGAGACAAGUGCUUGGAAUUUGAGCUAUAGACAUAGGCCAAUGAAGUAUCUCCUCAUAACCAUGGUAAUCACUCAUUUUAGUUUCGUUUCAGCUUUUUUUGUUGUCUCUGUUGAAGCCUGCCGACAGCUGAUCAGGGGAUAGCGGGGGAAAUUAAAACUCUUUUUACACUAUAUCUUUUGGAUAUAGCACACAAUUGAGCCAGUAUUGUUGACUGUACCCUGUACCCAUCCAUGCAUAGCCUCGCUUCCCUCAGCAUGCUCCUCUUAAAGGGACAACACACUGAAAUUUCUGGAGGCUAACACCUUUACCAUUGCCAAGUACCUUAUACAACCCAACUUCAAAUAUACAGAAAUAUCCCUUCAACUAUCCACAAGACAAACCGAGCCCCUGCUGAAUGAAUCAGUGACAACACCUUAGAUUUAAAGUAGGAGAUGCAUAGAAAGUUUAAGUAAGAAGCUUCAGUUCCAUGAACAUCCUGUCAGCCUGACAGAGCUUUCAUUAAAAUUGCUAUGCAGUUCAACAAAGAAGAUUUCCAAAUGAGCUCACCUUUUCUGUCUGAGGACUCUGCUCAUGCAUGACGUGACUCAGUUUUUAUCAGACGUGAGGUUCAGCAAAGACAUGUUGACCGGCUCUAUGCUGCUAUGAACAAGGCCUCAACAAGCCAGUUUCCUGUUAGCUUGAAUUAGCUUCUAACUACCUACCAAACAUACUUUAUCCCCAGAAUAAUACCGAGUAUAGGCUGCAAAUCCUGAGUGUAUUAACCAACAGAUGCAUGUGUACCCAGCUAUAGUGUGCCUCUCUUUUCUUUUCUACAAAAACAAACCAAAAGGAGCUUGAAGUAAAGAACUGGCUGCAGAGAAGCAUCCUUAGCAGAUUAGGACUCUGUAAGGGGAAAAGGUGGAGCAUGGCGCCCUCAUGUGGUGGAACUGCUGCUCUUACGUGAGAGAGAUACUCCAUGAGGACACUUUUGACUCUUUUUCUGCCUGUGAACUGAAACUGCAUGGCUCAUUGCCUUAAUGAACCCUGUGGAGAAGAACUUAAGCAUAUAAUAGAUAUAUUCAAUGACCUUGUUGCCGGGCAGACUUAUAACUGCAAAUUGCUUGUUGAUGGCACAAAGUAUUUGGGAUGUGGCAAAGACUACAGUAUUUAUUUUAGAGUAGGUAAUAAAUAUGAAGUUUAUUUUGACAUUUUGAGAUGUUUUUGUUUGAGAAAUAAUGGGAUGGUACAUGUACAUAAAAUGUUAAAGUAUACCUUGUAACAUAAAACCAUGAAGGAGCCUCUGAGGACUUCAGCGUACUGUAUGCCUAAUAUAUGACUAAGAUGUAAAUAGAGUCAUUUAAUCAUCCCAGUCUUCGUCCCUCUGUGUGACUCUGGCUCCUGGAAGAUAAAUUAUCCACAUACUUCUGAGUAAGGGUCUACUUUGUGAAUUGUUUUUGCAGUGUGAAGUCAGACCAAGAUACAUGUUUGAAUAGUGGCAUUAUUUGAAGAGCAGUCUUCUGUAAGUUGUUGUUAAUUUCACACGCUGUCAGCGAUGCAUAUUCUCCAACAAGGCGUCUCAGCUCUCAGUUAUGGCGUUACCUUUGUGUGUUGUUGUUCUUGUUCUUCUUUAUCUGGAAAACAAGCCAUCACAGAGAAAAGCAGAAAUGAAGGCCAGGCUCCGCUCCAGUCACGGUCCUGUUAGGAUUUCUGUCGGCUUGUUGCACCAACGACCUCCACAUUGGUGGUCCUCAGCUGGACAGGUAUCAGGACCACCUCUUUAUGAGAACCAGAGCCCACAUUUUUAGAAUUAAACCAGUAGCUUGGGCUGCAGAUGGCCUAGUGCAGGGGUCAUCAAGAACAUUCGCACAAGGGCCAGAUUUAGUCCCGACAGA